GUUAAGAUUUUGUUUACGUCGGUGCAUUUUGGUUGCUGAUAAAAAACAUACAAAGAAUGUCCUUUAACAUUCUUCCCAACGAACUUCUGGAGCACAUCUUCGGCUAUUGCGACAGGAACGACCAAUUUACGGUGGGUUUGGUCUGUCACCGAUGGGGUCAUGUCGUGGAGGCUUUGCUGCUCAGGCGAACCUGCUUGAAGGUUUCGUACGGUAUCCGACUGUAUGACCAGUACGGACAAACCCUGAUGAUCGACAAGGCGGUUUUGGAGCAGUCCACACGACGCUACAGUUGCUUGCGGGUAGAAUGGGGCGAUGGUGAAAGUGAACGGAGUAUGGCUGCUUUGCAUGACCUGCUGGACAUUUGUCAGGAGCGAUUUCCGAUUCAAAGACUGUACAUCAGAGGGACACCGAACAAAACGUUGGCUGAAUUUUUCGAGGAUUACCGGACGUGGUUGGAAGAUUUGCUGGAACUGCACGUGGAACUCGGGUCUCCCUAUAACGGAAAGUCGACGGAUGAUGCUUUUUGUGAACUUUCACUGCCUAAGUUGCAGAAGUUGACCUGGUUGGAGAUAGAAAAGUCGGACGCUGAUCCCGGAACCUGGGGUGAUCGUGAAUCGAACAUAUUCUUCGACGAGUGGUACGCAUUUGCCGUGAUUGCUCCAGAGCUGUCCCAGUUGAAGGUCCGAAUGAACAGUAAACUUGUGCGGAACCCUCUGUUCAGUCGUUCGAAAGUUAAAGGAAUCUGUGAACUGUUCCUGCCCAGUUUGGAGCUGAAAACGUUUCCCAAACUUCAAAACGUUGAAAUUGAAGGUCUGUUCGAAGUCAACCAAAAGCGAGUGAAGGCAUGCGAGAUGUUUCUGCAGAAUUUGCAGGUUCUGUCUUUUAUCAUGUGCCACAGUAACGUCAUCAAGAAGAUAUGUCACAAAUGUUGCAAUCUACGCGAGUUGACCAUCGACGAGCCAAUGGAAGGUCUGCUGUCCUUUCAGGUUUCACAAACCAUAUCCCCUGUGUUGGAGAAAUUCACCUUCAGAGGAAUCUACCACUCGUUCGCCCGUAACGACCGAGCCGUUUUCCCAAAGCUACGUUAUCUUAAACUGGAAGAAAUGUGCAUCGGUUUGAUUUUGGGAAACGUUCCUCUGGUUGCCCCACAACUGACCACAUUCAUUGCACCCCAAUCGGAUUACUGUCAGCUGAUUCUGCCUCACAAGGAACAAAUUUGUACCAUGGCAAUGGAGCUAGACUCGUUGAGCAAGGAAUUGGCAACGCCGCCGCCAAAUGUAACGGAACUGUUUCUCCGAUUGUCGGACAAAUGCGACGAAUAUUUCUCAGUCAAGGAAUAUCUCAAACUGUUUCCUAAUCUCCGACGACUGACGCUUGCGGGCAUUGACAAAUCCGUAGUAGACGGUACAUUACUCAGUGGCACCUUUCCACACCUGGAGUACUUCCAUGCACAUCGUCUCAGGCUGGAUUUGUCGGAUCUCCAAGAUAUAGCUUCUCUGAAGUUCAUCAUUCUCACAAAAUGCACCGUCCAAAUGCACCCGGGUGACGACGACGAGCCAGUAACAGUAGCGAAUUACUUCCGAGCAGAGCUAGUCACGAUUGAAGUAGUAGCGGACGAAGGCGGCGAUGGCAAAAAUGUGGACCGGUUUCCAAUCCGAACCAACGAGCGACAACCACCGGUCGAGGCGGUUGAGAUCUCCGACGACGACCGGCGGAGGAAUGUGUUCAGUUCCCGAAACUUUCACAUGCGGCUGCCGGAGGAGUUUCAGCACAUCGUAGAGCGGAAGGUGGAACCGAUCAUACGGCAAACCUGGUAGGGACGAUUCAGCGUCAGCGCGUAUGCUGAGAACUAAGUUUUGUUAUUUUUUGAUUAGCUGUAUUUUGUUGGACGUGUUUGAAUUAGCUUUUAAGCGGAUUUUUUUUUUAAAUAAGGUAUAUAAGAACAGCUAACAGCAUUUUCUUUU